GUAAAAACCCGUAGAACAAUGGGCGACCCAACCCGCGGUCCCACUCGGAGCGCGCGUCUAGGUGUGCCAGUCUAAACUUGAUCGUCGCUCUAAGUGUACGUAUUGCUUUUAGACAUUUCUUGCAAAACUACUAUUUUAAAAGUGAAUAUUGUUAUUUUGGAGUGUGUUGUGAAAAAAAUUGUGAUGGAUUCAAGUAUAACGGAAGGUGGGGGUACUUCAGGGAUGCGAGUAGUAACUCGUAGAUACCUUUUUAACAAAAUGCAGGAACAAAACUUGCAAAAUUUUGACGAAAAUUUGAAUUAUCUCGAGAGAUUUAUUUUAUCACAAGAUGAGUAUUGUGAGGAAGAAAAGAAGGAAGUAAAGCAUAAAUUAUCCUAUUUGAAGUCUCAGUUUAAGAAAAAAUGGAUGGAAGCUCAUAAAAAAUCACAGCUUUUCCUUCAAAAGAAUGAUAAGUGGUUACAAGGAACAUUCGAAAUACCGAGGGUUAAACGGCGUUCUUCUGGUCGACCAACAAAGUCAUUUUUGGAGUCAAGUGAAAGGAGUAAACGCAGAAAAACACAGGUUGUACGCAGUGCUGUUGAUAAAGAAUUGUUAAUACAUGCUGCUCAGACAUGCCUUCAAAGUUCGGGAGAGAGAAUUGCAUCGAAUAUUCUAAAAGACAUUACCAACUCUCCACAGACAGCUCAAGCAUAUCAAAAAGCAUACAAAAUAACCAAGCAGUGUGAAAAAUCAUUUCAACAAGAUCCAACAACCGCCCUUUCAAUGUUUGUCGAAGCUAAUCUAUCAAGGCGACAAUAUGAAAUAAUUAGAAAUAGCAAUAAGAAGUUUUAUCCGAGCUACAAAUUGUUACAGCAAGCUAAACAGACUUGUUAUCCGGCGAAAGAUGCCUAUCGGAUAACUGAAACAUGUGCUGAAAUUAACCUGCAGGAUCUAAUGGACCAUACAGCUAAACGCUUAGCAACAUACUUAGAAGACGUAUUAAAAUAA